AUUUCACAUAUCCAGUUGCCUCAAGUCUUCCUUUGACUACACAUUCCUUAUAUUUCUUGCAAUGUCGAAGCGUUCAUACGCGGAGUUUAUCUCCAAGGAUGCAACAUCAAUUUCGCAAAUCUUGAAACAUGCAGAAGAUCUUUUAAGAUCUGCACAGGCUCUGAAAGAUGAGCUCGACGCCUAUCGCGACACCCCCGAGCCAAACAACCAAAUAAUAUCAGUCCUAAAGCGCCACAACGAAAAAAUAUUACUGACUGCCCAGCUACUUACUCAGGAUGAAGCAAAUACUCUCGACAGACAUGAGCCUGAAUCUCGCAAGAUUCAGAAGCUUGAAGGUGACAGCAAAAAAUCUGUGAAUAUGCCUACAACCUUGUCUAUACCCCCUCCAGUGGCUUUAACUCGAUGGACAAUUGAAGAUAUACCAAGUUCGGGUUUACCGCCCCUACCUCCUGUCCAGGAUCCAGUCCUUGAGCAGGCGGCACUUACGCAUUCCGGGAUGACGGCAAAGCCGACAGAAAUGAGUUACGAGAAGCUCGAGUGGAUUGGGGAUGCGUAUUUAUACCUUAUGUCUACGUCUUUCAUAUCCCAAACCUUUCCCAAUCUGAGCGUUGGACGAUGCUCCCAGUUACGUGAGAGGCUUAUCAAGAACGAAACACUCUCUAGCUAUACCCUACAAUAUGGAAUCAAUAAGCGCACGCGAUUUCCUGCCGAGUUUGACCUUCACGGUAGAGUUGGGGGAAGCCAAGCAUCUCAGAACGCCAAGAGAAAGGUUCUAGGUGAUAUUUUCGAAUCGUACGUCGCAGCCGCAAUCUUAGGCAACGCAGAAGGCCUGUCGAUAGUUUCGCGUUGGAUGAAAUCUCUUUGGAGCACGACACUGGCACAGGAGAUCAAGGCAGAAUCUAGAGCCCAACCAGCCCUUCCGAGCUCUUAUCCGACAAGCCAGGUUAACGAAGACAACCAGAAGGCCCCCCAACAAGACUUAAAUCCCAAGGUUGUCUUAAGCCAGGUUAUCGGUGCAAAAGGCGUCAAGAUUUCAUACAAUGACAUAGGCGAGCCGAAGAAGGACAAGCACUCGGGAAAACUACCGUGGUACACCGUCGGUGUGUUCUUUGAUGGGUUCGGUGAGAAAAAUCUCCAAUUGGGUCGUGGAAGCGCAUUCUCCAAGAAAGAAGCUGGGGCCAACGCGGCACGUUCAGCUCUAGAGAAUAAGGACCUAAUGAAACGAUUGCGAAAAAAGAAGGAAGAUUCUUUGAAUUCGGCAAAAAGCGCAGAAUCGGCUCAGCUAGACUACGACAAUUGGUCUUAAUCCUGCAACAUUUCCGAUCGAAAGGAUG